AUGAUACCUUCUAAUUUUAAUAAUUUAAGUAUACAUUCAUGUUUAAGGGAAAGUCAUAAAUGUGAUUAAGUUUGUUCGAUAUGCCCAAAUAAGAUAUGCAAUAAGAAGGCGGGUCAUGAUAAAAUACAGGAACAUCUAUGUUCUGACAAAUGUUUUGGGACUUGUGAAAUAGGUGAUUGUAAGAAUGCUUGUAUGAAAAGUUUUAAACAUGAUUAAUAGCAUAAUUGUUAAAAUGAUCACCCUUGUAAAGAAAAAUGUAAAUAUUGUGAUAAAAAUUGUUAAAAGGAUCAUUCAAUUCCUCAUAUUCAUAAUCAUGAUUGCAAAGAAAUAUAUUGUACCCAUGAUUGUAGUUUAUGUACAAGUCGAUAUUAAGAUACACAUAAUAAAUCUAAAGACAAAGGGCAUCACUUUUGUGAUUAAAAACAUUACUGUUAAGAAAAAUGUGACGAUAAAGGGAUUUGCAAAAUAGAAUAUGAGUUUAAAGAAGUGAUUUGGAAGUCUUAAAUAUCUGAAUUUUAAUACACAAAAUAUAAACCAAAGAAUAUAGGAAAACAACAAUGUAAUUUAGAGAUUCCUCCAGGUAAACUUAAACAUGAUGGAAAGCAUAGUUGUAAAAAUGAGACUGAAAAACAAUUUCAUAAUUGUAAUUAAUAAUGUCCAGAAUGUAAUACAUUUUGUGAUUUGAGAUAUGGCCUUUAAGGAGUGCACUCCUCUGAUAAACAUCGAAAUAAAGAAAAUUAAAUAUUUACUUAAAAAGAAGGCAAUUUAGAAUAAAUUGAAAUUUAUGAGAGUAAAGAUACAAUUAGAAAAUAUUAAAUUGGUGAUCUCCUGAAGCAUGUGACUAAAGUUGUAAAAGAAUGGAAAAGCUCAUUUUCAUUUAGUAGAAUGUAAAGGGGGUAGUUUAUGGUUAGAAAAAGAUAAUAAUUUUAAAAAUAAGGCAAGACAUUCAAAAGAAAAAAAUAUAAAUUUUGAAAAAUAAAAUUUUGAUCAAAUUUUGUGUUUAGAUUUUUGGUAACUUAAUAAACGGGCACAUCCAAUUAAAAGUGAAGCUAAUAAUAUUAGAAGAUGUAAUUAUUUUUAUCCUAUUUGUUAGUUCUAAAAAAACGAUUAUGAAUAUUGUGAAUAAGAUGCUUGGCAUUCAUAAAACAAUAAAAUUAGUAGUCAUGGAUUUUUUUGUACUGAAGACCAUAAAAAAAACUAAAUUUAAGAAAUUAAUAUUGCUUUUGUGACACUACAGGAUCUAUGGCUUCAUAUAUAAAUAUGUGUAAAGAUAAAAACAAAAGCUUAAAAAAAUAUGAUAUUGGAUGUAAGUUUUGCAGUUAUUUUUUACAAGGAACAUGAUCCUCCUUAUAAAUCAUCAUAAAAAAUUUUAGAUAUUUAAGAUUUCACAUCAGAAAAUGUCGUCAUUUAAUUCUUAAAUAAAUUAACUGCAGAUGGAGGAGAAGAAGGUCCUGAGGCUGUUUUAGAUGGUUUUGAUACUUCUUUUAAAUUAAAUUGGACUGAUAUAUAUGUCAAAUUACUUUAUUUAAUAGCAGAUGCUCCACCACAUGGAAAAUAAUAUCAUAAUUAUACUGAUAGCUUUCCUGAAAGUUGUCCUUGUAAGCUAAAUUAAAACGAUAUCCUAUAAAAAUUAUGGAAGAAAAAGGUUUUAUUUAAAAUAUUGCAACUUAAUUAAUCAAUUAAUGGAAUGAUAACUGAAUUUAAGAAAGACUUUUAAGAUUUAGAAGUUACGGAAUCCCAAGAUAGUGAUAAAGUUAAUUCAUUUUAAAACUUGAUAGUUGGUUAAGUUUGCAAAUAUUUAGUUCAUAAUGAGAUUACAUAUUACAUGAAAAAAUGA